AAAGUUCAAAGUUCCAAAUCGCCAAAAAUGAAAGUGGAAGAUUUAAACAAAUGUGCCGGAAGCACCGACUGGAAUGUGCUCUAUUGGGUGCUGGGUACUAUUCUGAUGCCAGUGGCUCUGCCGCUCGCACUCUUCAAUAUAUGGCAGCGAUUCCGUGCCCAGAAAUACCGUAAUCAGUUGCCGGGCAAGGUAGUGCUCAUUACUGGCGCCAGCUCGGGCGUGGGCGAGGCUCUGGCUCAUGUUUUCUACAAAGCAGGUUGCAAAGUGAUUCUGGCAGCUCGGCGCACCUUGGAAUUGGAGCGCGUUAAAAAGGAUCUCUUGGCACUGGACCUGGAACCUGCGUACCCACCUACUGUGCUUGGCCUGGAUCUGGCGGAGCUCAACACCAUACCUGACUUUGUUACGCGCGUCCUGGGUGUGUACAACCAAGUGGACAUUCUGAUUAACAAUGGAGGCAUCAGUGUGCGAGCCGAUGUGGCCUCUACGGCAGUGGAUGUCGAUCUCAAGAUAAUGGUGGUCAACUAUUUUGGCAGCGUCGCUUUAACGAAGGCUCUUCUGCCAUCGAUGCUAAAACGCAAGAGCGGUCACAUCUGCUUCAUUAGCUCGGUGCAGGGAAAGUUUGCCAUACCCCAGAGAGCUGCUUAUUCCGCAUCCAAGCAUGCCAUGCAGGCCUUUGCGGACUCCCUGCGUUCCGAGGUGGCUAGCAAGAACAUAAACGUCUCCACCGUCAGUCCCGGCUACGUACGCACUCAGCUCUCACUGAAUGCGCUCACAGGAACGGGUAAAAGCUAUGGCAAAAUGGACGACUCUACUGCCAAGGGCAUGUCGCCCGAUAAGUUGGCUGAACGCAUUUUGAAGUGCAUUCUGCGCAACGAGCCCGACAUUCUGGUCAGCGAUGUUCAGGCCAAGGUCGCCUAUUACCUCCGCCAUCUGUGCCCCAGUCUGUUCUUCUGGAUCAUGGCCAAGCGCGCAUUGAAACUGGAAAAGGCAGAGAAAAAGACGGGCUAGAAAUCGGACAAUCGCACAAUGUGAAAUGUGAAAAUGUUCUCGUGUUUAAGUAUUAGUUUCGUUUUUAUUGUUAAUUGAAUUUCACUUAAAAUGAUGAAAUUAUAAAGUAUCGCAUAUGUGUGUGUAUGUUGUGAGGGUUACAAAUUAGCGGUGUUUUGUUUCGCUCGUGCUAUUGCCUAAGAUUAAUAAAUAAAAUAUUUUAGUAAUAGUAAUCGUUAAAUAAAGUACAACUUAAAUGUCA